AUGAAACGAAGACAACAACAUCAAUUUCAAAGUAAAAAGACAAAGAAAGAUUUAAAAAAACUAAAAGACAGAGAACCUAGUCUCAAUGAACAUGAUUCUCUUGAUAAAAUAAAACAUGAAGUUAGUAAUAUAGAAAAAGUAGGAAGAGUUAUUCCUGAUGAUGAAAUUGAUGAAAGAGAUGAUAUUUUUGAAGAAGUGAAAAUUGAAGAAGAAGAAAAUCUUUCUCAAAUACCAACAGACAUUCAAGAUGAUUGUAAUUCAUCACACUUUCUUCAAAGACCAUUUGAAGAAGCUGCAUUAAAACAACCACUAAAAAUAAUAGAAAAAAAUGAAAAUUAUCAAAUUCAAAGUAAUUAUGAAAUUAAUGAAAUAAUAACAAAAAAGAAUGAUAGACCAUCUUCAGUUCCAAUAAGUUUUUGGAAAGAAUUUAAAGACUUUUUAAAAGUAAAUGAAUUAACAUUGAAUGAUUUAAUGAUAAAAGAAUUUAAUGGAUUAAGAAAUUAUUCAGAUACUUUUAUUAUUAAACAUAUGAAUGAUGAAGAAUUUGCAUUACACAGAUUAUUAACAACAUUGCAUAUUGCAUGUCAUAUUAGAGAAAUCAGAUUAUUAAGAAUGAAACAUACAUUUGAACAUAAAGAAGAACAAAUAAGAGAUAUGGGACUUGUUAAACCAUCUGUAUUAGUUUUAUUUCCAUUUAAAACACCAGCAAUUAUUUUUAUAAAAACAUUAUUAACAAUCUUUGGAAAUCAAUUUCAACAAAAUAUUGCAAAUGAAGAACGAUUUGCACAAGAAUUUAGAGAUGUUCCAUUAGAAAUUAAAACAAUGAAACCAAAAGAAUUUUAUCAAAUUUUUGAAGGGAAUGAAGAUGAUUGUUUUAGAGUUGGAGUAAAAUUUGGAAUGAAUGGUGUUCAUUUUUAUUCUAAUUUUUAUGAAAGUGAUUUAAUUAUUGCAUCUCCAUUAGGUAUUAAAACAUUUAUAGCAAAGAGUAAUAAUGGAGAAGGACAAGACAUAUUAUCAUCAAUAAAAAUAUUGUAUUUAGAAUCUAUUGAUACUAUGGAAAUGCAAAACAUUUCUCAUUUAAUUGAAAUUAUUAAAAAAUGUAAUAAAAUACCAAUGAAACAACAUGCUACAGAUAUUAGAAGAGUUUAUGAACAUGAAAUAAAUGAAAAAGGAGGAUAUUAUAGACAAACCAUUAUUUAUUCUAGAUAUCAAACACCAUUAUUAAAUUCAGUAAUAAGAUUAUGUUUAAAUAAUCAUAUUAUUCAAAUAUCAGAAAGAACAAUAAAAGGUACAUUAUCUCAAAUGAUUAGAACUAUUCCUAUAACAUUUUAUAAAUAUAAAGCUACAACUCCAAUGAAUUCUCCUGAUGAACGCUUUGAAUAUUUCACUAAAAUAUUUCUUCAAGGAUAUUCAGAUGGUAUUAAAUCAAAAACAUUAUUAUAUAUUCCAAGUUAUUUUGAUUAUUUAAGAAUUAAACAAUAUUUAAAUACUGAAAAUUUUAGAUGUAUUUGUUUAUGUGAAUAUUCAUCUACUAAAGCUAUUUCUUCUGCUCGUUCAAGAUUUUAUCAUGAAGAUGAAUGGGAAUUCUUGGUCAUUACUGAACGUUUUCAUUUCUUUAAUAGAUUUAGAAUUAAAGGAAUUCAACACCUUUUAUUUUAUGAAGUUCCAACACCAACUCAUUAUGUUGCAGAAUUUAUUAAUAUGAUUUCAGGAAGUGUUAAUGAUGCUAGUGUUCAUAUUCUUUAUAAUCAUAUGGAUACUUCUAGAUUAAGAUCACUUGUUGGAGAUGAACGAGCUGCCUAUUUAAUGACUACUGAACAAAAUAAACAUACGUUUGUAUGA